AUGGCGAAGAACAGCACACGUCCCAUCAGACUUCGCGCAGCUCCGAAGUCUGAGCAUUCUUUGGAACCUGCUGGCGAGCCUCCUGGUGGUCUUCCUGUCGAUCAGCUUCCUCCACAGACAAGACGUAAGCGACGUACUCAAGAUGACAUCAACACCCAGGAAGCUGCAGGUGGCGCUUCGAUGGAAAAUAAUCCUCCACCUGCUAAAUGCAUACGACAUGCUUCUGACACUGUCGUUGGCUCAGCCGACAAACAUGCAGUGGACGAUGUCCCCCAGUCUACACGACGCACACGUCAGCAUCCCGCGGCUGAACUUGUCAGUGCACCUACGGUAGAGGAAAACCCUCAACCCCAAAAGCAAACCCGACGUGUCACAAAGCCACCUGUCAAGGUGGCUGCUAGAGACGCAGCCCAAGUACCCACGCCGCCAAAAUGCAAGCGAUGCACUGCUGCUGAAGUCCAGGCCGAGAAGGAUGCAAAAGCAGCUGCAAAGAAAGAGCGCGAGGAUGGAGAGGCAGAGGCACGAAGGCGCAUAGCUCAGGUCGAAGAUGAUUUGGUGAGAGCAGGGAACAAGAUCGAACGGGAGAGAGUUACGCGGCCAACUUCGCAGAGACAAGGACUGUCAGAGCUUCCUUCAGAGGAUGAGACGGCUGACGAUAGAUCAUCACUCACCGAGUACACUGAAUCAGGUCUGACUGACAACGAACAGCCAAAGAAAAGAGCCCGAAAGAAGGGAGUUCGUGCAGACAUAGUCAACGCUCGUCAAACGCCGUCGACUGCUGCUGCUGCCUCAACUAGCACAAUCGAUGAGCAAAAAUCUCAGUAUCUCCAGAUUCAAACUGCCCAAUUUGCGAGUGACGAUGAGGCAGUUGAGCGCUUUGAUGCAUUGUCGAGUCCGGAGAAAGGUCGUGACAAAAGAUUGAUGAAUGCAAGCUUGGUUGAGGUUGAUAAAGUUGAUCCAGACGAGACACCGCGACCACUACGUAGGACUUCUGCGAAACAGGUGUUGGUCAAAACCGAAGAUGGAUCGCAGCCUGAAUUUCACAUGGAGUCUACAGUCAAGCCCUCUAUUCAGGCCGUAGGUGCAUCAAGGCAGCAAGUGAAGACCGUGCGCACUACAGAAAAUGUAUAUACGACUAUUGUCAAGGUUGAAGAAUCGGAGCAGGAGGGCAAUCUCGACCCGAAGACUAAGCCUGCGAAGGGAAAGAAGAAGAACGUUGACCUUCCCAUGGGCGCAAAAGCAGGACAACGUUGGCUACAUGUAUUUUUGCCAACAUUGAUGAAAUACAUGGGAACACUUGAUAACCCGUGGGUAAUUGGCGAUGCUGAGCUUGUUGACGCUCUACAGAUAAUCUGGAACACUGUCUAUCCCCGUCUCGAAUACGAAGUCCGCCCUGACAACGAUUGUGCAGUUUUCAAUGUGGCGGGACAGCGCAUUUACGAUUGGCGCUGCGGAUUUGGAUCAACUGCAGCUGCAGUUGUCGAACUGUACCUUCAGAAGCAUCAAUACGAUACAGAAGCCAAACGACGUGAUGCCGCUAUUGACUUGGUGCAGAAUAUGCGCUUUGCGUAUGAUGACGCUGAAGGAGAUGAUUAUCAGACCUUCAAGGGCCUUUUCCGCGGUGAACUGGUCGCACGAACACUCAUCUAUCACUAUCAGAAAAUGAAGGGUGCCAUUAAUGUUCCAACACUCUAUGGCGAAGACGGAGAUCGGCGUGAAGUUGGGGCGGUUGGUAUAUCCGCUGCGGCGGUUGAGCGCAUACUCGUGUUUUGGCAGACGGGAGCUAUCAGGCUCGUCAAUGGCCGACCUUUCAUCCUGAAGACGCAGAACCCGACAACAGGUGUUGAAAGUACUUGGGCGACGCAGUUCAGUGCUGAUAACUACGGCAAAAACACAGCUGACUUCGUCCAGUCCGCCGUGGAUUCACUUUCGGAAAAGAAGUUUGUUAAGCUUAUGUCAAAGGUUGAGCAGUACACCAAGCCGUCGUCAUGGUCCUUAGGUCUCCAUCACGAUCUGAUUGAAAUUUCCGAUGAUGAAGACUUAAACGUCAAUCACCGCAAACGACUGAUUGACGCUGAGGUGGAUUCUGACUAG